AUGAACCUCACCUGGUUCGCCAAGCAGGUCGUCACCACGGCCUUCCUAGGCCACCUCGGCGACCUCCAGCUAGCCGCCGGCACGCUCGGCAACAGCUUUGCCAACAUCACCAGCUUCGCCGUCCUCAGCGGCCUCUGCGGCGCCAUGGAGCCCAUCUGCGGCCAGGCGCACGGCGCCGGCAACGUCGCUCUACUGCGCGGGACACUGCUCAGGGCUACGCUCAUGCUCCUCGCCGUCUCUGUACCCAUCGCGCUCCUCUGGACGCGCGUCGACGUCGUCCUACUGCAGUUCGCCCAGCAGCCCGACAUCGCGGACACGGCCAGGACCUACGUACUCUGCCUCCUCCCGGACCUCGCCGUCACCUUCGAGCUCAACCCACUCAAGGCUACCUCAGCGCGCAGGAGGUGA